AGCAGACAGCGCGCAGAGCGUCACAGAGUCUGCGGAUUUUGGGACGCGUAAUAAAGGCCCAAAGUACGAUUUCUUUUGCUCUCGUAUACGAUGGCGAAAGUUCUGUGCGGCGCCACCCGUCGAUCGCGUCUCGUCUUCUCGUCGGCCUCCGCUUCGUGGGGUCUUCUGACGAGAUGUCCCCUCUCCCCUUGCUUCGGCGACGCGAGGUCGCUCGAGACCCUUGCUUUCGAAGAGAUUCAGGCAUCGGAGAAGCCCGUCAACUCCACUGCGUUUGUCCUCCACGGCCUGCUCGGAUCCGGAAGGAAUUGGCGAUCCUUCUCCCGCGACCUUGCCGCCCAGCUUCAGAAAUCAUCUCCCUCUCAAGUUUGGAGGAUGGUGCUUGUAGAUAUGAGGAAUCAUGGUAGAUCAGCUGGACUAAAGGGACUUGAUCUACCCCAUGACAUGGUUAAUGCAGCAAAGGAUUUGGCAAAUCUGGUGAAGUCACAUGGCUGGGCCUGGCCGGAUGUAGUCAUAGGCCACUCCAUGGGUGGAAAAGUUGCCCUGGAAUUUGCAGCCAGUGUUGCUCGUGGGGAUUAUGGUGAAUUAGCUGUUCUUCCAAAGCAGCUUUGGGUCUUGGACUCUAUUCCAGGAGAAGUAAACUCUGACGAAACUAAUGGUGAGGUGGAAAAGGUUUUGCUUACUCUUCAAAGUUUGCCAUCUCCAUUGCCAUCACGCAAGUGGGUUGUUGACCAUAUGCUGAAUCUUGGAUUUUCCAAAAUGCUCUCCAAUUGGAUUGGCAGCAAUCUAAAGAAUGAAGGUGAACAUGUAGUAUGGGCUUUUGAUCUUCAGGCCUGUAUAGAGAUGUUUGACUCAUAUCGGGAAAAGAGUUAUUGGCCUCUAUUGGAACACCCACCAAAAGGAUUGGAGAUCGCUAUUGUUCAAGCAGAGAACAGUGACAGGUGGACACAGCAUGUGAUUGAGCGUCUUGAUUACCUCUCUAGAAAGCAAGAGGGACCUGAAGAGGGAAAGAUUUCAUUACAUGUCCUACCUAAGUCUGGCCAUUGGGUCCAUGUUGACAACCCAAAAGGAUUACUUGAGAUCGUGGCAUCAAACUUCUACUCAUGUACCUGAAAUUCUAUUUUUUAUUUUUUUGAAUUUAGAAAUAUCAUGAUGAUGACAGAGAAUCUUGUGUUUGACAAUGAGAAACUGAAGAACCAUGUUUAAUUGAGUUACCAUAUAUCGAUAUUUAAGAUGCAAAAAUUUUCAUCUGAAA